AUGUUUAAUCGCCUGCGAAUGCGAAAGGAGAAGCCCUCGAAAUCGGAAACGAUUUCGACGACCAACACCACCGUCAUACAGGAUGCAGCGAAGGAUAACAAAAAGCUGAUCCUCGACAAUAGCCGCUGGGAGAAACGCCUCCAGAAGGAGCUGAUGUCCUUAAUCAAAGAACCUCCCCCGGGGGUGUCCGUUGACGAAGAUAGUGUUAGUCAAAACCUAACGCAAUGGAUCAUAAACAUCGACGGCGUGGAAGGAACGCUUUACGAGGGUGAACACUUCCAAUUGUUAUUUAAAUUUAACAACAAGUAUCCGUUUGAUUCGCCAGAGGUAACGUUUAUAGGUUCAAAUAUUCCCAUCCAUCCGCACGUGUACUCGAAUGGGCAUAUCUGUCUUUCGAUUCUAACUGAUGACUGGUCGCCUGCGUUGUCAGUUCAGUCCGUAUGUCUUAGUAUAUCCUCGAUGUUGAGCAGCUGUCGAGAAAAGCGGCGUCCGCCGGACAACGGCAUUUACGUAAAGACGUGUAACAAAAAUCCCAAGAAAACUAAAUGGUGGUACCACGACGAUUCCGUAUAGGAAUUCAAACGCUUCGAACAUCCAACAAAUGCUUCGAGGGUAGUGCAGUUGAUUAGAAAAUCAAGCUAGCUCAUUUCGUUUUGAACGCAACGAAGUAGUAACGCAAAGCAAUUAACGCUCGUUCGGUAUACACAGUUGUACAAUGCGUUUUGUAGUAGGUAUUUUGAGUUACAUUCUACUAUAGGUAAUUCAACUCCAGUACUAGCUGCAUCGAAAUGGGUUAACGAAUUCAAAGAAAUGGCCGAAGCCCGGUUUUUAUUAUACAUACAUUGCCCCUUGCAUAUUAUGUUUAUAUUUGUGCUUUAAAAUUCAGCAUUCGAAUUCGGCUUACAUCUUUCAUUUCGUUUACAAAAUUGUAUCAAAUAACAUGUUUGCUCAUAGGCAUGGACGCCAAACAAAUUUUUGAUAGUAUUUUUUUUGACAAAACAAAUUACCUUAAGAAUGUUUUUCGUUCAAGGCGGAUUACACUGGCAAACUGAACGGUUAAACCCCUUCGAGCGAUGUCGAUUUAGUUUUAAAACGUAAUUAAGCUUAUAAAAAUCAGCAGCUGCAAGAUUUGUGAAGCGUUGCAACAAAAACAAAACAAAAUAUAUACGUCCUAUCGCAAGAGAUGCUUUGUUGCGCUCCCACCUAUAAAUUAUAAUUUUACACAACCGAAUGAUACAAUUCUAUUGGCCUUAGGGGUCACCAAUAAAAUACAAACAACAACACAAAAUAAAAACAAGUGAUAUGAAAUGGAAAAAUGGGCGGCGAGGAAAAACUAAUCUUAUAUGAAAUGUACGAGCACAUGUAGGCUUAGCAAAGUGGAACGAAUCAAUCAGAUGUAGCCUAUUUUACUCCGUAGUAUUUGCUAGCAUAUAAUUCCUCCGAAUGCGUGUAUGUAUUUUUAAUUUAUUAUUUUCCCACUUCCGCUUUAUCUCGUUCGACAGUUUUUCCGCAGUGCUGAUAGCAUAGAAAGCAAAGCAAACAGUCAAUAAAAUUAGGAUUAAUGGCAACAUAUUUAACGAUAUAUGUAUAUGUAUAUGGAUGCACAGAAAAGCAAUCCCUUGGGUGAAAUCAACCAUGAUUCUCAGGUGUGCCUCGGAUCAUGGUGCUGAGUUCGCGUAUAGUUGCGUGGUCGCUAGAAUGGCAACCAUUUUAGUUAGGCGCUGUUCCUGCUAGCUGAGCAAACGCACGAGGAAUGAUUAUCAACGCAGCAGCAACAGCUAUAGAACAGAAAACAAGAAGCAUGGGAAUCGUUUCGAUCAUUGUGUUCAGAUUUGAUUUCAGUGCAGGCGUUUUGUCGCAACCCGUCGCAAAGCGAAUCAAAUUCUGCUGCAAAGCCGUGGCGACAUAAAGUUUAUAGAGCUAAGGAGCUUAGAUAAUACGACUAGGAGCAAACACACAAAUACACCAAAUAUCAAAAUUAUUCUGCAACAUUCCUUGAGCUAGUUCCACUAGUAGACAGUUGGCACGUAACAAACCAGAGCGCGUAAUAGUAGCGUUGAAUUGAAAUUUACUUAGUAUGAGUGUGUGAGGCGACAAGAUUAGGACACCUAACGGAGAUGGUGUGAUAAUAAGCGCGAAAGCAAAAAAUUAGCAUGUGCCAGGAGGCUUAUGCGCGUCCUGUGGUUGUCCAGGUUGUCCGGGGGGGUGCUGUAAAGCAGAGCAGCUAUGACCGAAAUGGAACGAUUUCUUACCUAUGGCGAAAGCCACUUCUGCUCAAUGCUGUUACGCAAGCGCGGCUAUCGAUGAUACUGGAUCGUCACGUGCUAUUUCGUAGGAAGCAAGUCGACAAAAUCUUUAGAAUAAAGAUGUUCAAAAUA